GUUGCAUAAUAUUCCAGUAGGACGUACCUUUUCAAACAUACGAUCAUCAUCUGACAACCAGGAAGCACAGCCUCCUAAAGAUAACACCCGAGGCAAAGCCCUGCGACUGGUUCACCGGCUUUUCUUUUUUUUUCUUUAUCUCCAUCGCCAGACCCGAUGGGAGGUGUUGAAGUAGAGGAGUCCCAGUAAAACAUCUCUUAGCUGUUGGUGAUGAAGGCAGGUUGUCGGACAAAUGUACUAACAUCUCUCUGUAAGGUGUCUGUCCCGUUGUGUCGGGGAACGAGUCAUUUUCUUCACCGCCAGUGACCAGGUUUCUUCUCUUGUUGUAGCCGCAUAGAUAAUAGCAAUGUUUUUAGCACACUUUGAGCUAUGGGACACAUACUGGGAGUGUGUUUCCAGACAUUACGCGUUGUUCAUCUGCUCCCUGACGGCCGCACUGUAUCUGUGGGGCCGCAAGCGUCAGACACCAGUACUGGUUUCUGGCAAGGCCUUUAGUGCGUUCCUCCAUAAGCACUGUCCUGUGGUGGCUGAGCGCUUCAGUCCUACUCCGUGGUGCUGGGGGGGCCGGCUUCAAACUCUGGUCUGUGCCCUCCUCAAGUCCAGACCCCGUGUCACUUAUCGCAAUGAGCUGAUCCGUACCAUUGAUGGGGGUCAAAUCUCUCUGGAUUGGGUUGACAAUAAGGCUAAUGCCACCUACCCAGAAUCCUCCACCCGCCCCACUGUGCUGAUCCUCCCAGGCCUGACAGGGAACAGCCAACAGUCCUAUGUGCUCCAUGCCAUCAGACAGGCCACCCUGCGGGGCUACAGAUGUGUGGUCUUCAACAACCGAGGUGUUGGAGGAGAAGAGCUAUUGACGCCCAUCACCUACUGCGCAGCCAAUACUUCCGAUCUUGAGCGUGUAGUGCAGCAUGUCAAAGGACUUUUCCCACAUGCCCCUGUGCUUGGUGCUGGUGUGUCUUUGGGAGGCAUGUUAUUGUUAAACUACCUCAGCCGUAAGCGCACAGAGUCAGGGAUGGUGGCGGGUUUAACCAUCUCUGUCCCCUGGGAUGCACAAAAGUCCUCUGACUCAAUGGAAGAACCACUCAACUGGCUGCUCUUUAACAAAUACCUCACCAACGGCCUGUGUCGAGCUGUCACCAGGCACAAGAAGAUACUGGAGAAAGUGGUGGAUUUAGACCAUGUCUUGAAGGCAAGGACGAUCCGAGAGUUCGACGAACGCUUCACCUCUCUGCUAUUCGGUUAUAAAUCUUGCACAGAAUAUUAUCAAGAUGCCAGCCCUGACAAAAAACUCCCAAAUACAGCAGUACCCAUCUUGUGUCUCAACGCUGCUGAUGACCCUUUCUCUCCCCAACAUGCCUUCCCCCUUACCAUCGUCCAGAACCUGCCAAAUGUCGCUCUGUUGCUGACUGCCCACGGCGGACACAUCGCCUUCCUGCAGGGUCUGUUUCCCCGCGGUGAGAGCUAUAUGGAGCGUGUGUUUGGUCAGUUUGUCCAAGCUGUGUUUGAGCACCCGCGGGACAUCACCAAAGCCUGUGGCAUUAAGGAAGAAAAGCUUAGCUGAUCAUCUUUCAGUCUGUCCCUCUGUAUGUACCCUGAACCUGAGUGAAAUAUGAGAAUGACUGCUUCAUAGCAGGAGGUGCAACAGAGAAUAUAAAGUCACUGGCAUCAGUGGCAAAUGCAGUGAAAUGCAUCAUAAUAACAUGCGUUGCUUAGCUUUGUAUGCUGUCAUCUUAAAGAAAACCUUGCACAAAGAAUGACCAACUGUAUUGUACAAUCAUACAAUCGCACUGCAGCUAAGCUGAUCUACCUCCUCACCCUCUCAGGUUGUCUGUAAUUAGCAAUCAAAGAAGCUUUUCAAAUAGUCAAGAACUAAUUGAUAUCAUGCUGCUAAUUGAUAUGUGAAGGCUCAAUAUUGUGUCUGCAGAAAAAGAACAAAUACACUAGCUUUUGUAUUAAUUGUGAAUAGAAAGUAAAGUGCUUAACGUGAUAUUGUUCCUCCCACAUGCCGUCCUAACUUCACAGAACGCACAUUUGAAAAUGGGUGCUUGGACUUACAAACUAUUUAAGAAUGAUAGACAUGAACUGAUUGUGAACAUUUAUUGUUUGUUUCACCUCAUUUGCUACUUUUGUUUCGCAAGACUUGUUCUCAUUGACGUGUGUAACUUGCCUUAAAGGAUUAUAUUCACUCUGGUUGAAGCCUUGCAUGCACACUUUACAUACAAUACUCUGUGUAAUCCUGCAAACAUUAGAGUUCUUAGAGCUGUCGAUCAUAAAAUGGAAACACCCACACAGCAGUGAUAUGUAUGAAAAAAAGAGUUGUGGAUUUGUAAGAUAUUUUUAUUUAAAUGUCAAAUCAGCAAAAUGUAAAACUAUUGUACGCUUGUAAUUGCUUUUGAAGUGUAAUGGCUACAAUGUAAAUAAUGUAAAACUACAGAAGAGUAAUGAGAACAUUGGAGCUGACUUCAGUCACAGUUCAGCGUGCGACUUGGAGUACUUUUCUACUUCCUGUCAAUCAUUUCAAAUAGAAAGUGGUUAUAAAGUUGAGUGUGCUUUCAUAUGCCUUCAGUUUGACAUUCAUGCACAUUUAUAUCUGAUGCCACUUUGAGUUCACAUGAUGAUUUUUUGAUGUUUUGGGGCAUUUGAAUUUGAGCAUGAUAUUAGGACUUUGUAAGAAGAAUGUGAGCGUGAAGUGAUGAUCUUUAAAAUCUGUUGAUAUUAAGCUAAAAACUUAAAUGUAUGUGUUUGUAAAUCACCAGAAUGCACUAGUCUAUUUUUAAACAAGGUAUCUUGUUUUAUGAUUGUGUGUGUUUCCAGAAGCAUUGUUUGUUGUGAUUUUUAAGUUUAAGCUGUGACUAUAGACAUGAUGUGAUAUUAGGAAAAGUAUUUCGUAUUGCUGCCUUAUUGAGUUAAAUUAUUCUUAGGCUGUUUGCAGUUGUUCACUUGCCUCUAAAUUAUUGUUUUAUGAACAAAUGUUUCUUUAUGUUUUAGUUUUACCUUUGUGUCAGCUGUAACCACCAUCAUAGUGUUUUUACAAUAUCAGUUACAUUUUUAAAAGACUUCAAGGAUUUAUGAACUAUGUAUUAAAGUUUUUCCUCAUUGAAUGACACAUGAAAUAAAGAAUGACGUGAACAAUACAAA